AUCCCCAUCAUGAACAGUGAAAUGCGUUUCUUCUUCCAUUGCCAUAUAAAAAGGGUAGCUGUGUAACCUAUUUAAAUCAGCAAAAUCUUCAUGGAAGUCUAGCUUUUAAAUAGAAAUUACUAAGGCCUGGCCACAUAUAUUGUUUCUGUCUUUGUUCUUUUAUUUUUUUCAUCUGGUUAAGCUAUUACACAUUUGAGUACUAGAUGGCUCUCCAAGUGGAAGACUUUCCAGUUGAAGUACUUAACAAAGGAGGAAAGACAGCUUAUGACACCAUAUUCGCUAAAAGUUUCAGUCAGUAUGAACAGAAAAAGUUUGGUUAUGGAGCACUAAUUGGUUGCUUCAUUAUCACAUUCAGCUUCUUCACUAUUCUAAAACCCCAACUGAGUUCCCUACCAAUUUUGAAUUUGAGGCAUUCCAUGAAUACUGUUCUACCUAUGCAAGUGAAGGAAGACAGAAGCAAUUCUCAGCAUCAAAUGACUACAACAAAGAUGUCUGUUUUAAAAGGAAUUGCGGAGCGUAAAGUGAAACAAGAGAUCAUCAAACCAAUCUGCAAUCUUUUAGACCCAAGAUCAGAUUCAUGUGAAGUCAAGGGAGAGAUUAGAAUUCAUGGGAAUUCCUCCACCAUCUUUGCUGUUUCCUCUCAGAUAAAUUCAUUGGAAGGAAAUGGUUCAUGGGCUAUCAGACCUUAUGCUAGAAAGGGGGAUAAUAUAGCAAUGAGCCAUGUUAAGGAACUGUCAGUGAAAACAUUAGGUGGUGAAGGAGUUCCUCAUUGCACUGUAAAUUAUAGUGUUCCUGCCAUUGUUUUCUCAAUUGGAGGAUAUGCAGGAAACUACUUCCAUGACUUCACCGAUGUAUUAAUUCCUCUUUUUGUAACUUCUUAUCAAUUCAAUAGGGAGGUUCAAUUCCUCAUAACUGAUUUAAGAUCUUAUUGGAUUGAUAAGUACCAAACAAUCCUGAAACAGCUCUCAAGGUUUGAUGUAAUUGACAUUGAUAAGGAUCAUGACACUGUUCGUUGCUUCCCACAUAUGAUCUUGGGUCUUAAAGCUAGCAAGGAAUUCAGUAUUGACCCUUCAAAAUCUCCUAAUGGUUACUCCAUGACAGAUUUUGGACAGUUCUUAAAGAGGGCCUAUUCAUUGAAGAAGGCUACUGCCAUCAAGAUCAGUGAUCAUAUAAAUAGGAAGCCUCGGCUUCUGAUCAUAUCGCGAAAGAAAACCCGAUCAUUAGCUAAUGAAGGUGAAAUAGAUGAAAUGGCAAGAAGCUUGGGGUAUGAAGUAGUUGUAGAAGAGGCAAGAUCAGAUGUUUCAAUGUUUGCACCUGUUGUGAACUCCUUUGAUGUGUUAAUGGGUGUUCAUGGAGCUGGUCUCACUAACCUUGUCUUCCUUCCUGCCAAUGCAAUAGUUAUCCAAAUAGUACCUUUGGGACUGGAUUGGUUGUCUAUGGAUGAUUUUGGAAAGCCUGUUUUGGAUCUGAAUCUAAGGUAUUUGGAGUAUAAGGUAAAAAAAGAGGAGAGCUCCCUAAUACAACAGUAUCCACUUGAUCAUGCUGUCUUUGGGGAUUCUGAUUCAAUAUGGAAACAAGGAUGGUUACACUUCAGGUCCAUUUACCUGGACAAACAAGAUGUGAAACUUGAUGUGGGUAGGUUUAGAUCUACAUUGUUAGAAGCCCUUGAGCUUCUCCAUCACUAGACUGGAUGGAAUUGUCAUGAAGACAUCUGGUUUUUCUUGAAAACUACAUAUAAACAGAAAAGGGAAAUAUAGAUUUAUGUACAUACUGAUCUCA